GGCGUGACGCGCGGUCUUCACUUGACAGAACGGCGUGUAUCGGCUGGACUAGGGGAGGGCCCACGGGCGGGAUGACGCGCCCUGCCCACUCAGUAUCUUCACAUUUGUGUGGCAGACUUGCAGUCUGUGUCUAGCUGCUGUAGUGUGAAGACAGACAGCCAGUCGGCAGAGCCGUGGAAGUAUCCAGCAGCCAGAGCCCAGGCAGCCGGUGGGAGAAGGAAGGGUGACCGCAUCUGCGCACCGCACAGCCGCCCGCACCAAUCCAUGUCCACGAAGCUGUCUGAAGACCGGGACUUCAACAGGCUAGGAGAGCAGACGACAGACAGACAGACCAGACUGACUGGUGGCAGCAUGGCGUCCAUACCGGAAUACUACGCUGGCAAGAACGUACUAAUCACCGGAGCCACGGGCUUCAUGGGCAAAGUGCUGGUGGAGAAGCUGCUGAGGUCCUGCCCUGAGGUCAAAGCCCUCUACCUCCUGGUCAGACCCAAAGCCGGGCAGUCCAUGCAGCAGAGGGUCAGCGACAUGAUGGUGUGCAGGCUUUUCGACCGAGUGCGUGAGGACAACCCCGACUUCCACCAGAAGAUCAUCCCCAUCAGCAGCGAACUGACGCAGCCGGGCCUGGCCAUCAGCCCAGAGGAUGUUGAGAAGCUCUCCGCCUGCAUCAACGUCAUCUUCCACUGCGCUGCCACCAUCCGCUUCGACGAGCCACUCAAACAUGCCCUGCAGCUGAAUGUGAUCGCCACACAGCAGCUCCUCAGCCUGGCCCAGCAGAUGAACCACCUCGAGGCCUUCAUUCACGUCUCCACCGCUUAUGCAAACUGCAACCGCAAGCACAUCGACGAGGUCAUCUACCCGCCACCUGUCGAGCCCAAGAAACUCAUCGAGUCUCUCGAGUGGAUGGAUGACGGCAUUGUGCGCGACAUCACGGCACGGCUCAUCGGCGACCGGCCCAACACGUACACCUACACCAAAGCCCUGGCUGAGUAUGUGGUGCAGCAGGAGCAAGACAAGCUUAACAUCGCCAUCAUCAGACCCUCCAUAGUGGGAGCCAGCUGGCAGGAGCCUUUCCCAGGUUGGAUCGACAACUUCAACGGGCCAAGUGGAAUCUUUAUAGCUGCUGGAAAGGGGAUCUUGCGCACUAUGAGAGCCAACAACGACGCAGUGGCUGACCUGAUCCCUGUGGAUGUAGUCAUCAACCUCACACUGGCUGCUGGCUGGUACACCGCUAAACACAGACCUAAACCAGCUCUGGUGUACAACUGCACGACCGGCGGCAUCAACCCGUUUCACUGGGGAGAGAUCGAGCACCACGUGAUGUUGUCCUGGAAGAGGAACCCGCUGGAACAGGCUUUCCGCCGGCCCAACACCAACAUCACCUCAAACUACCUGAUCAACCAGUACUGGAUCCUGGUCAGCCACAAGUUCCCUGCCCUCAUCUAUGACUUCUUCCUUCGACUCUCUGGACAAAAGCCGCAGAUGAUGCGCAUCUUCAAUCGUCUGCACAAGGCAAUCGGCCUGCUGGAGUAUUUCAGCAGCCGGGACUGGGAGUGGAACUCUGAGAACAUGAGCAUGCUGAUGAACCAGCUAACCCCAGAGGACAGGAAGACAUUUAACUUUGAUGUGCGCCAGUUGAACUGGCCCGAAUACAUCGAGAAUUACUGCAUCGGCACCAAGAAGUAUGUCCUGAAUGAAGACAUGUCUGACAUUCCUGCUGCCAGGCAGCAUCUGAGGAAACUGAGGAACAUCCGCUAUACCUUCAACACCCUGUUGGUCGUUUUCAUCUGGAGGGUGUUUAUUGCCCGCUCCCAGAUGGCCAGAAACAUCUGGUACUUUGUGGUCAGCCUCUGUUUCAAGUUCCUCUCCUACUUCCGCGCAUCCAGUACCAUAACCAACUGAGUCUUCCUCACCGCCUCAAACCAGAUACAGCAGCCCUCUGCCUUUAGCUGUCAGCAGGAUGCAACAUCUGAGACUCUGACCAUCCACAAUAGACACUCUAAAUCCUUCUGUUAGUGUGGAUUAGCUGGGGGCUCUCUACAGGUGGGAGGCUGCAGUUGUGUGAAGCACUCAGAAGGGAGAAAAGAGGUCUACUAGCCAUGAGUUAUUUGUUUAGUUCAGAAAUCAGUAACUGCACUGUUCAGUCACCAGACCCGUCCAAAAGAUGUUGUCAUUCAUGUUGUACCUACCGUUUUCUUCUCAAAGUGGCCAAUUAUAUAUGCAACAAUAAGCCUUUUGUGUGACUUCGUGUGAUUUGUUUUCAUACUUGAAAUAUGGCAGUGCUUCACUGGCGGACGAUUUCUAUAAGAUUAUUUUGGUUCUCUGUUUUUUACUGUGGGAAAAUCCAAUUCCUCUCUUUACUUGUUUACUUGUCUUUGUCUUGCAUUGUGUGUAUCUACUGCCUUUUUAAGAUUACACCCCAAAAACUAACUGGUGGUUGUCUGUCUUAAGGUCAUUCCACAGAUUGAGACUAGUAUUUAAGCUAAAUUCUGACUCCACAAAACCGUAUCACUACUUACACCAAAACCUACAGAUCUGCCAUCUUCCCUGCUGUCGAGGUUGUCCCUUAUUUACUAUAACAAACAAUAAUGUCAGUAUGUCUCUGAACAUAAACGUUGUUUGUUUGAAUUCUCA